AUGCCCAAACAAGAAUGCUUAACGUGUAAGGCAGGCAAUGAGACGCACCAUAAGAGUGCUGUAGAAAACACGGGAUGUGAGAAAAGUUAUUUGCGUGUGGAUGCCUGUAUGAAGCUUUAUAACGGCCGCGUCUCGGCUUGCAUUGACGAGUGGAAUAUGUUCCGUCAGUGUUACGAGCAGGGCAAGAUACAGAGUGGAUCUCGCAACAAAAGCAUAACUGAGACAUCUAUACCGUGGAAUGGUCGGGAAGCCGAGUGCAAACCAAAUUGGUCAUUGACUGCCGUUAGCGCCUGUCGCGGACAGCAAAGAAAGGAGGAUAGGCCGUGGCGGAAAGUCACACUCGACUGUUGCUGCUUGAUUUUCCUGCGCCUUCACUUCUGCUCCUGUCGGUCGCCUUGUGCUCGUUACGACCAGCAUCUAAUGACAACCCCAUCUAUCGUGUACCAUCGCUUUUAG